AUGGAGAAGACAGGAGUGCUAUCGGCGAAGGAGGCAUUCGAGAAGCUUGAAAAGGUUGGAGAAGGGACUUACGGAAAGGUGUACAGGGCAAGAGAAAAGGCCACUGGGAAGAUCGUCGCCCUCAAGAAGACUCGCCUCCACGAGGACGAAGAAGGUGUCCCUCCCACCACCCUCCGUGAGGUUUCCAUUCUUCGUAUGCUCUCUCGCGAUCCCCAUGUCGUCAGGUUAAUGGAUGUCAAACAAGGUCAGAACAAGGAAGGCAAGACAGUCCUCUACUUGGUAUUUGAGUACAUGGAUACCGAUCUCAAGAAAUUCAUUCGCUCUUUCCGUCAAACUGGAGAAUCCAUUUCACCUCAAAUCAUCAAAAGCUUGAUGUACCAACUUUGCAAGGGCGUUGCUUUCUGCCACGGUCAUGGAAUCUUGCACAGGGACUUGAAGCCCCACAAUCUCUUGAUGGACCGGAAAACAAUGAUGCUUAAGAUAGCUGAUCUUGGACUCGCUCGAGCAUUUACUGUACCAAUUAAGAAAUAUACGCAUGAGAUUCUAACCCUGUGGUAUAGAGCCCCUGAAGUGCUUUUGGGAGCCACCCAUUACUCAAUGGCUGUGGAUAUGUGGUCCGUUGCCUGCAUAUUUGCCGAACUUGUCACCAAACAAGCACUCUUUCCUGGUGAUUCCGAGCUGCAACAACUCCUUCAUAUAUUCAGGCUAUUGGGUACUCCUAAUGAAGAGAUGUGGCCAGGCGUGAGUAAACUAAUGAAUUGGCAUGAAUACCCCCAAUGGAGUCCUCAAAGUCUGUCAGUAGCUGUUCCGAGUUUGGAUGAACUUGGAGUCGAUCUGCUUUCUCAAAUGCUGAAAUAUGAACCUUCCAAGAGGAUUUCUGCGAAGAAAGCAAUGGAACAUCCCUACUUCGAUGACCUGGACAAGAGACACCUUUAG